GGCCGUUGGCGCGGGGUCCGGUUUGUAGUUCCGUAGCUCCGUUGCUCUACUCCUCCCGUUGCAAAAUGUGAAAGGAGAAGCGGCUGGUGGAGGGCGUCCUACGCAAUGAGUCGGCGAAGGAAAUAUGGGGACAGCCCUGGCCUGAAGAACACGCCGCGCAAAGCGGCGGCGACUGAGGAAUGCAGCUCGGUGGUCGAAACGGGGAAGAGGCGGCUGAGGUCGGCCCGCGGUUCAGGGCCUUGUGGGGCUGGAGAGAGGCCUCUCCGGCCUCUGCCGCAGCAAGAGCAGCCGCCAGUAGCCGCUUCGUGCAGUAAAAGUAACCCCGAGGGUGAGACGUGGGCAGCGGGGUCUCCCUGGGCUUCGGCGCCGCAGCUUCAGAGGCCAGCUCGUGACCAGGAAACCCCGGGUGCAGAAAUGUAUGAAACACCAAAGAGAAUGCUGCAGAUGGAUUUAUUGUCAUCUGCCUUCAGUUCUCCUAAUGAUCCAGAUGGACAGAAUGAUAUCUUUUGGGAUCAGAAUUCUCCAAUGACGAAACAGUUAGGUAAAGGAAGAAAAAAGCGGAUUUACACCACAGAUAGUGAUGAAAUCUCACAUAUUGUUAAUCGCAUUGCUCCUCAGGAUGAGAAACCAACAACAGACUCCAUGCUGGGCGUGUGGAUUGGUGCAACUGCUAUUCCUUGCACUCCUAGUGUAGCAAAAGGAAAAUCAAGAGCAAAACUCAGCUGCACAAAGUUAAAAUCACAAAAUCAGGAGGAGGAACUUAUGAAAUUGGCUAAGCAAUUUGAUAAAAAUAUGGAAGAGCUAGAUGUGAUUCAAGAGCAAAACAAGAGAAAUCAUGAUCUUAUCCAGAUGAUUUCAGAAGCAGAGACUUUAAAUAAUUACAGAGAUAAUGUACAGAUGCAGUUACUACAUGAUAUAGUUCCUGAAAUAGAUAAUGCUAUGAUAAAGAAGCCAGUGAAAGAAAACAGGAUAUUUGUGGUAAAUGAUCAAAACAGCAGUCAGAAGCCAUUUGACCAAAAUGCUGAAGCAGCCUUUAUCGCCAUUUUUGAUGGUUCUACUCAGAAAUGUAGUGGACAGUUAAGCCAAGAUCUGUCAGAUGCUUUCUUGAGCACCAGUAGUACUACCUUUGGAAAGAAAAACGCUUUGAAAGAGGAGAACAUCAUUACUAAUGAAACUCUGGUCACUGAAAAACUACCAAAUAAAACCCAAGGAUCACUUUCUCAUCAAGUAGAUAAUCCUGGAAUGACAAAAUCAUAUGUGACUUCCUGUACUAAGGAACCAGGAGCUUUUAAUAAGCACAGUGAUACAUUUACUACCAGUGAUUUUGAGGAUGAUUGGGAAAACUUACUAAGUAAUGAACCUUUUGUUAUGCAAAAUAUUGAAAUGUCUGAACUUUUCGCUGCCCCUGAAACAGCCCAGAUUACUGAUCAAAAGGAAAUUUGUACCUUUAACAGUAAAAAUGGUAAAAGUAAGUCAGGAAUGAAUACAAGUCUAGAUACCAGGUUAAGGGAUUCAAAAAUUUUACAAGAUCUUCCUUCAAAGACAUGGAACAGUGAAUUAACAGAUGCUGCAAAAUACAGAUUUUCAGCAAAGCCGAAUGAUAAACCAAAUAAAUUAUCAUCCACUGGAAAUAAAAUGAAAUUGGAGAAAUCUUUUAAUACAAUUGUUGUUCAAGACAAAAUUCAAGACUGUGCAGUUGCAUCUAAUCUGGCAAAAGUAAAUGAAGAUACUCAUAUUAAAUUUACUUCUAAUGUAAAUGCUUCUGAAAAAAAGUUUACUUUGAACCCAGGAUGUUCUAAUGAACAAAAAAAUAAGUCCAUUUUUAAUCAGUCUUUGAAGGCACCUACUAAUGUCGAGCCUUUAGGCUCUGCAACUUUGGGCAAUAAAACCAGUGUUUGUAACCCAAAUCAGACUAAUGUAUCAAAGCUUCGUUCUUUCUUUGAUGAUUGGAAUGAUACAUCAUUUACCAAUGAAAUUGUUAAAGCCUGUCAUCACUUAGAGAAUACCUGGGAAGCAGAUGAUGUAGAUGAUGAUUUAUUAUACCAAGCAUGUGAUGAUAUUGAAAGACUAACUCAGGAGCAAGACAUUAGAGUGGACAGCAAGACAUCAGAAAGUGUAUUUGGGAUCAAUAAUAGUUCUAAACACGGAGCCAAAAACGUGUUUACUACACCUAAACAAGGAAGUCCGUUGGUGCAAUCAGAGCAUUUGAAUCUGAACAGCAUUUCAGUGCAAACAUCUUCAUUGACAGAUAGCUUACAAAUAAAUAAAUCAAUGAAGAUGGAGAAAAGGGAAAUUUGUGGAAAUUCUCCGGGGUUUUUAGGUGCCACGACAAAUUUGACUAUAUAUUCUAAGAACUCAAAUUGUCAGAUCAAUAAUCUACAUGUCUCUUGGAAUAACACUGAUGUUCCAAAACAAGUGAAUAGUUCCAAAUCGGUUCUUAUAGGAAGUUCAAGUUUGAAUGUGAGUUCAGAUCACAUGAGUACAGAAAUUGCUGCUAAUAAGAAGAAAUUGAGUACUCCACAUCUAUCGCAUAGCACCGUAACAGAUGAAGCUCAGAGUGACCUUAACAGAGCAGUGAGAUUUUCUAAGUACAUGUUUACAAAGAUAAAAAAUUCUCAAAUUCUUUCUCAGUUUAAUAACAAUUGUAUAACAGGAAGUAUCUCUGGUACCAAAAUCACACAGGGUUUGCAGAAAAAUAAAACUGUCAACCCAUUAUGUGGAAAGGCUGUUCAACAGCAGUCUUUGGGAAAAUUUUCUGAAUCUUUGAAACAAACUUCAAAAGGCUUCAGCUACACCAGCUGUACUUCAGUUCCUCAAACAGAAGGAAGAAGAGAAAAAUAGAAAGUAUUCUCCUGAAGAAAUUCAGAGGAAAAGACAAGAAGCGCUGGUUCGAAGAAUGGCCAAAGCACAGGCAUCAUCUGUAAAGAAAGACAGCUCCCACUUAACUUGAUUUCUUUAAUGAAAUGUUACUUGGGAGGUAACAAAGACAGUUGAUAACUAUCUAUGAUAGGAAAUAUUUUUUCUUGAUUUCUCUAUGAGAAAUUUAAUGCUGAGUUAUAAAGCAUGGACUUCUACUUUAUUUAAUAAAUCAGUGUUUACAAUGGUCAGUGAAACCUUUCCUUGGAGAUGUAUGUGAAAGUAAUUGCAUGUAAGUUUUGGAAAUUCAGGAAAGUUAGCAGUUAUGUAGUAGAAUCAUACAGAGUAAAGUUUUAUUUUUAAAUACUGUGAUUGCAGAGGAUCAUCAAAAAAUAGAUAAUCCACUUAACUCUUACUGUAAUAAAUCUUUUCCUAAUACAAAGCUUCAACUUACUAAUAGAGAUUAUUUCUUUAUAGCUUUUUUUCAAUAACUGUUCCUUAAGGUUUUUAUACAUUUCUGAAUUUUAAUUAAUACUUCCAUAUUCUUAGGGACAUGAUUGGUAGGAAAUAAAGGACUUCAUAAGAAAACUACUAUUUUCAAUUCCUAGUUUGUAAUACAUGUGAAUUUAAAAUUUUCUAAAAUGUAAUACAUUUUGGAAACUUCCCACCAUUUUUAGGGAAAAUGCUGAUUUAAGAAGUUUAGUUUUGAAAGAAGAAUGUGGAUUAGCUAUAUAAGUAGUGUACCAUCAGUAACAUUUAGAACUGUCAGAAACUUUAGAUAUCAUCUGGUCCAGCUUCUUCACUGUAUAGGUGAGAAAUGAAUACUGUUAUUCCCAAAGUCAGAAGGCAAGUUGGAGCUGUGCUAGGAUUAGAAUGAUUUCUUUCAUUCUAGUGGAUACUUAGGCAAAUGGUACCAUUUGCUUCAGAGUAUUAAUUAGUACAUAAAAUAACUUGUGGGUGCAUUAAUUAUUUUAUAGUAUAAAACUUAAAAAAAGUAACUAAAAUACAUUAAGCGACUGAUAAUAAUGCUUAUUGUUUCUUGUAUUAAAGAAUUAACCAUUCCAGGAUAUAAAAAAUGAGAAUCUUUUUCAAUUUUCCUAUAACUAUGUAAUUUUCCCUUGAUUAAUUUACUGACUUUGCUAAUUUGUUCUUCUCUGUUACUCUCUUUUUAAUUUUGCUUGUUUGGAAUUUGCGAAGCCAGAAGUAAAAAUCUUAGCUGAGGGCAUGAGGACGGUAAGAAUGCUUUAUUUAUCCCAAAUGGCUUUAGGAUACCUGACGAGAGUUAUAAAUGUGAAACACCUAUGAGGAUGUUCACCACUAUUCAGGUAUCUUAGAGCUAUGAUAGUAUCAAAGUAAUUAAAUGCAUUUUAAGGUAUUGCUCUAUAGAGAUACAUAAUUUUGAAAAUUGUAUUUUCAUAUAUACAGUGGAGUAACAUAUUCUAGGUAAUGUUUAUUAUUUGCCUAAGAAUAUAUAAAAAAGUAUCUAAAUAAAUAUAGGUAGUUUUUCUGUGUAAGAAAAUGAAGAGCUGAGAAUCUUUAUCUUUUUCUAAAAUGGCUUCACUGUGUUCUUACUACUCUUUGGAUAUCUCUACUUUUGCUUAGGCUCCCCCCUGCCUACCACUUGAUUUCUCUAGAAUGCCUUUAGCCUAUUGUGUCCAAUCAUUAAGACUCAGCCCAAUAAAUUUCAGUUGCUUUGACAA